AAUGGAAGCCCUAGGAUCGGCAUCUCUUGCUAAUAAGAUACUUGAAGACAAAACAAAAGCCUUAUUUUGUCCAAGUGCAAUGCUGAAUAGUACACCAGAAAAUGAGGAUGAUGCCUCUACGUCGGAAUAUGAUGGUGAAAAUGAGGUUGAAACUGACAAUCUCACUUCUGGAAAAAGAAAAGCCAGUAAACAGGUUUCAAAGCAAGUAAAUAAAUCAUCACUUCGCCCCAAAACUAUGGCUGAUGUUGUGGAAGUGAAUAGCCGUAAGAAGCAUGCAGUUGAUGAAGUUCAGAACAUUCAAUCACUUAAGGUUGCUAGAGUUCAAGAUCAAUGCAUCCAAAAGAAGGAGCAAGUUAUCUCAGAAAAGAAGGGAUCAAAACGAGCGUUCUGUUCUCCUGGUUCCAUGUCAGCGUACCUCGAGUUUCGGAAAAAGCAAAAAGAAAAUAAUGAAGCGUUUGUAGCUAGUAAUCAGUCAUUGAAUGAUUCUCUUACAAGAAACACAAGGAUUUGUGGCGCUGCAUUUAAUGAGAAUGACAAUGAUGAUGCGGAUGCACUAAGUAGGUGGCUUGAUGAAGCGGAUGCACAGAAUGAGAAUGAUGAUGAUGUUGGUGAUGAAUAUGAAGGUGUUCAACAGAUACAAGAUGAAGUUCUAUCUAACUAUGGAAGGGAAGGAAUGCAAGAAACAGAACCAGAAAAAGAACUUGAAAAAGCUCCUAACAGAAAAAGGCAUCGAGGUCCAACAAUGCUACCCAAGGUUCAUGCACGAACAAGAGACGAGCGUGAAGUUAUUAUUUUAAACUCACUUGGCCAACCAAUUGGACCUACACGGGAAAUUGUUCAGGGGUUCAAGCAAUUCUUAGGUACUGUGGCAAGGGAUUCUGAACUUGCACCACUAAAUUAUAUUAACUUUCCAAGUCUACCCACACUUGACAAAAUGUGGGAGUAUGUCCAAGAAAAAUAUAUGGUUCCUGAAGCUGGAAGAGAAUGGGUGAUGCAGGCUAUCAAUGGAAGCUGGAAAGCUCAUAAAUGCUUUACUAAGAGGAACUACUUCUCUGCAUAUCCCACUGAUGAUUUACGAUGGUUUCAUAAGCCAGACACAAUUUCAGAACCUCAAUUUAGAGAGCUUUUGCAAUACUGGCAUUCUAAAGAGGCUGAGGUAUUAUGUAUAUGGUUUUGAGCUGGUUUUGUGCAAUAUUGACAUAGUUUCAUGACAAAAAAAGUCACUCUUUCAGUUUACU